UGGUGUGAGAUGAAAAAUGAAAUGCACCCCAAAAUGAACCGCUGAGAAAAGCUAGUAAAAGAUAUUUUUUUAUAAGUAAUAACAUUAACAUUUUGGUUGGGUUGAUUUCAGUAUGAAUCGUGGCAGGAAACUCGGCUCCUUGCCAGUCCGCAUCAGAUAUUUCAUUCUACUGGCUGUCGUCUGUGGUAGCAGCUUCAUCUCAAUGAUGUACAGAAAUAUGGACUUGACACUAUUCAUGAACCCGCCGAUCGACACAUCGGGACAAUAUCCACAUACAACCGAUACUGAUAAAAGAUUCACUAUCAGAACAGAAGGAUGUAGCAUGCCAUUCCUACAUUUAUUUGAUGUAAGUGUACAACCAUUCGUCGAAUAUCCAAAAAAUUUGAAGCCAUGUCGCGACCAAAAAGUUUCUUUAUUGAAACACAAUAAAUCGAAGAUAACUAUUAAUAUGGAAAACCUACAUUAUUACAAUAUAACUGACCGCAGACUAUUGUUUUGUUGCUAUCAAGCAUUUUAUAGACCUAAUACCAUCGAUGACAUUACUUCUUCUUCCAUCGACAGCCGUGUUAAAUACAAUAAAUGUAUCUAUUUCACCACUUCCAUUAACCGACCGAUGGCCGAAGAAUUUGUAAAGGUCACUUGUUACUUCAAUAAAUCGAGAGUUUAUCAACAAUUUUACCUGUCAGCGCCUGAAAAAAUAGGUAGUAACAUCAAACGCGAAGUGAUGACAAAUGAAACUACAUUCAACGUGUUGAUAUUAGGCAUUGAUGCAGUAUCACGAUUAAACUUUUAUAGGACGAUGCCAAAAACAGCUUCUUUUCUGAAAGAUUAUGGUGCUAUAGAUUUAUUAGGUUAUAACAAAGUGGGGGAUAAUACCUUCCCGAAUUUAAUUCCGAUAUUGUUGGGAAAUAGAGACUCUGAGUUAAAAGACAAAUGUCUCCCGAACUCGAAAGCUACAUUUGAUAACUGUCCAUUUGUGUGGGAGUGGUUUAAAGAAGCCGGUUACUACACAGCUUUCGCGGAAGACAGCUCGAGUCUCGGUAUGUUUAACUUUGUAAAAGCUGGGUUUAUUCGUACUCCAACAGAUUACUAUACACACACAUUCAUUACUCAAGCUGAAAGAUAUGCUGGUUACAAUAAGGAUUUUAAUAGCUUUUUGUGUAUGAAUGACUACUACUUUUACAAAGUGUUAUUAGAUUACAUAGUGAAUCUCACGAAUACUUUAAAAAGUUCUAAAUUAUUCGGUUUUAUUUGGGAGGUUACGAUGAGCCAUGACCAUUUAAAUUAUCCGAUGGUUAUGGAUGAUGACUAUUUGGACUUCUUUAAGAAAUUAAAAGAUACAAAUUACUUAGAUAAAACAGUAUUAUUUCUGAUGAGUGACCACGGCAUUCGUUGGGGUAGUAUUCGAUCAACGAAACAAGGGCGUUUAGAGGAACGACUACCGUUCAUGUUCAUUAUGGUUCCUCCAUCAUUCCGCGAAGCGUUUCCUGAGGCUUACAGUAAUUUGAAAUUUAAUAGUAGACGUUUAACAACUCCCUUUGAUAUCCAUGCCACUCUAAUGGAUCUUGUUGAUUUAGGGACAAUUAACAACAGUAUGGUAUCUAAAAGAAGUAAAGAAGCUUAUGCACGUAAUAGGAGCAUUAGUUUAUUCUUGCCAAUACCGAGCAAUCGUACGUGCAAAAUGGCAGAUAUAGAUGAUCACUGGUGUACAUGUCUUAAGAAUAUUGCGUUACAUAAUGAAAGUUCAGAAGCUAAACGUGCUGCAACACAUGUGCUUAGCCACCUCAAUGAUUUAGUUAGUGAUUAUUCUGUUUGCGCUCGGUUGUCGUUGGUUAGAGUUGUAGAAAUAGCAGAGCUAGAGGCAGGAAGGCCGGAUGAAAACGAAACGGGGUGGAAGGAGUAUAUGGUCGUAUUACAAACAUCGCCAGGCGAUGGGGUUUUCGAGGCCACAGUGAGGUACGACAGCGAGGGGUGGAAGCUUUCGGGCACGGUGAGUCGCCUCAACCUGUAUGGCGAACAGAGCCGCUGUGUUCAUGAUUAUCACCUCAAACUAUACUGUUACUGCAUCUGACACGAAUUUGGUAAAUAUUUCAAAAUUUGCACUGGAAU